UUGUUGUCAAGUUGUGGCGGUAAAUUCGUUACACUGAUUUAUUCUGAUAUUUCUAUUUCAUGUAAACAUUAAAUGAGUUAGUUUUCUGUUAUCAAAGAACAAAAUGUCGAAACGUAAAGGUGUCAGCGCAGAUGAGAAAAGAACUAGAAUGCUAAAUUUAUUUUAUGAGAAAAAGGAGUUUUUCUCACUGAAGGAACUUGAAAAGAUAGCACCUAAAGAAAAAGGAAUAAUUGCGCAGUCUGUUAAAGAAGUAGUCCAAAGUCUAGUCGAUGAUGGUUUAGUAGAUACAGAUAAGAUAGGAACAUCUAUUUACUUCUGGGCUUUUCCUAGCAAAGCCAAGCAUACUAGGAAACGUAAAUUUGAUGAAGCCUCAGACAGAUUGGAAGAAGCAGUAAAACGUUUGAAGAAUGUAAAAGAACGCCUUAUUGAAGCAAGGGUUGGUCGUGAAGACACAAAUUCAAGACAGGAACUGUUGAAAAAACUUCAAGCAGCCAAAUUGGAAGAAGGGAAGCUUUUACAAGAAAUUCAGAAGUUCAAAGAUUCAGACCCAGAAGUAUUAGAACAAAUGAAAAAUGAAAUGAAGGUGUUAAGAGAAGCAAUCAACAGAUGGACAGACAACAUAUUUUCACUCAAGUCCUGGUGCAAGAACAAAUUUAACAUAGAAGAAAACACGCUUAACAAACAAUUUGGAAUACCUCCUGAUUUAGACUACCUUGAUUAAGCUUGUAAUUAUUUAUCACUUAAUUGUACAGUUAAUCAUAUUCAUUACAGUUAGUUACGUAUUCAUAAAUAUUUUGUGACUGUAAAUAAAGUUCAAGAGUUUGAAAAACUA